UUGAAUAACAUACCGGAAUCUUUCACACAUAAUAAUGGUAGUGUACUAGUUGAUGAGCUCGAUCAACUUAAAGAAUUUGAAUUCAACAAAGUAAAUGAGCAGGUGAUUAAUAAAAUAAGUUUACUCUCUAGAGAUUUAUACGAUAAGAAUUUAAGUAGAUUGGAUUUUAUUAAGAAAUUAACUACCAUUGGAAGAGAAGUAUAUUUGGAUUCCCCAAAUGAUUUUUUAUUCCAGAAAUUGCCAAACAAAGCUAAUUUACUGAAAGAGUUUGAUACAACCGAUUUAGUAAAUUGCAAUAGGGACGGUAAGGACCACUUUAUCAUUAAAUCGCCCGGAUGUGUAAAGUAUAAAUUGAUACAGGAUUGCAGUUUCUUUAUUUAUUUUUCAAUUUUUGUUUAUGAAAAUAAGUUUUUGUAUGUUGAUGGAACUUCUGAAAGCUUGAUUUACAGAGGAAUAAUAUCAAUUUUAGUAUCAAUUAUUAACAAUUUGUUUUCUAAUACACACAAUAUCAGUAAUAUAGAGAGUAUUUUAACAAACAAACACCAUAUUGGUGACAUAUUAUAUAGCAAUAAGAUCGUUAAGAAUUUAUUGGAUCUCAACAUAGUUAAUAAAAGCGUAGUCGAUGCAAUUAUUAAGCACAUAGAGAGUGAAUUCAGCCAACAAAUUAAUUUAAACAGAACUAUUGAUAGUCUAAGUAACUCUGCAACUGUUGAAAAACUUAUUGAUGUUGCAGUAUUGCUGAGUGGUGGAGUCGACUCUUCGUUAAGCUUGUGGAUAUUAAAAAACCGAGGUUACCACGUGGAAGCAUUUUAUUUACAAGUAAAUGAUAUAGACGAUGAUACAGGAACUUGCAAGUCUGAUGAUUUGAAAUUUGCCAGUGAAGUGUGUAAGAAAAUUGGAGUAAAACUGAACGUGCUACCAUUCUCAAAGUUGUAUUACGAUGAUAUUCUGAAAGAUUUUAUAGAAAACUACAAACAAGGAGAGGUACCCAAUCCUGACGUUUGGUGUAACAAUAGGAUUAAAUUCGGGCAGUUUCUUGAUAGAGCAAUAAACUGGGGAUUUGAUUACGUGGCUUCAGGCCACUACGCGUCUGCAGUACAGGACAAGUCACUAUGCGCCGAUAGGCGCAUCAGAAGAUUGGUGCUUUCCAAAGAUCCCGUCAAGGAUCAAACGUACUUUUUAAGCAGGUUAAAUCAGUUUCAACUGUCGAAAUUGAUAUUUCCACUGGAAUAUUUGACAAAGCAACAGGUGCGAGAGUACGCCAGGAUCAUUGGGUUGCCAUCACACAACAAAGAAGAUUCAGUGGGUCUAUGUUUCAUGGAGGAUAUGAAUAUUAGCGAAUACCUUCUAAGUAAACUUGGUAAAAACACGGGGCCAAUCGUAGAUUAUAAAACUAAACAAAUAAUAGGGGAGCACCCGGGUGUGUUUAACUAUUCAAUAGGACAACGAAAGAACCUGAAUAACUACAUAUACACGAAAUGUAAUCCGAACACACUGAGGUAUGUAAUUAAGAAGGAUCUGAACAACAAUGUGCUUUAUGUAACGGAAGACUAUGAUUCCGAGGAGUAUACACAACCAGGUGGAGUUAGAAGGAGCUUUAAAAUAACGGAUAUAUUUUUUAACACAACAGACUAUGCAGAAGUUCUGAAUAGGUGCAAAAUAGAAGAUGGUAUCGAUGCACAUGGGGACGCCUAUAGGUUGAGAGUAAAAUUAAGGCAUUCGCCCAAGUUCUACGACUCAAUAACACACUUGUAUAAUAACUCGAGUAAUAUCGUAUGCUUAAGUGAAGCUGAUAGUGGAAUUUCCACAGGACAGUAUUGCGUUUUUUAUCUGGAUGAUUUGUGCCUAGGGUCGGCAAAAAUGAUCACCAGCUACUGA